AUGUUCAGUCAUUCGCCAAAUAAGAACUUGUCGACAUCAACAACUGGAGAUAUGGUUAAAGAUUUCAUUUCCCAAACUGUGAUGAUGUCAAAAAGAAUGAAAUGGCAAGUACUUUGCUUUCUGUACAAACAGUUGGUAAUUGAUGAAGGUGGGCCAGAGCUGGCAUCAUUUGUUAGGCCAAAUUUUCUAAAUGUGAGUCUCAGGGCAAUGCAAACCCUUCUAGCUAAUGAGAAACACAAUCUUGUUUAUGACCUAUCCAUAUGUUUUGAAAGGAGAAAUAAUGAUGCCCUUGAGACAAGGAUGCCAAUUGAGAGAAUGCCAUUUGGAUUGGUAGAUUAUAAUAUCCGGUAUUUGGCAAUAUGAUGUAGAGGAUCAUUGUGCUCAAGACAUUUCGAGGUCAUCACAAGAACAAAUUACUGGAAAUCUGUUGGCAAACCCAGAAAAUGUAAACCAAACAUUGGAACAGUCUACCAACUCUAUAAUUGCUGAUGCUUUGGCAGACCUUCACAUUGAUUUAGAUGAAUUUCAACCACCACAGCAAUCUACUGCGAGCCAAAGUCAUGCAGAUGAAUCUCAAUCAAUGUGUGAUUCUAUUAGUCGAAAAACUGUGACUAAUUUGUGGACUUCUCUUUCCCGGGAAGGAAGCCUUGAGGUUGUGGAAGGCAACAUAUCACCAGAGGUUAUGGAACAGCACCAUAGAAUACAACCAACCAAGACAAGAAGGAUACCUGCUAAUCCUGCCAUGUAUGAUCCAAUGAAGGUAAAAUUACUUCAAAAUUUAAUUUGAAGGGAUAUACAGUAUGGCAAUCUAAAUAUGUUUUUCUAAUAAGACAAACUAAAUAAUAAAACCAUUAUACACCCUAUGUACAUGCUUGCCCAUUAAUGGGCAAGGGUGUACAUAUCAUUUCAUUCUUGAGUCUUUAAUAUUGGACUAUCUUAAUCAUGCAGGUGUUCUGCCCUGAUGUUCCUUUAUGAGCCCUGAUGUAGUACAUAGUCUCAUUAGUUUUGGUUUUGUUGAAAUAUGUAUUUGUGGGGUGUAAGAACAGGGAAAAUUUAGCCUGAAAUAUAAGACAACGCCUCAAAAACCCCUCAAAAAGAAACACCUCAAAAAGUUCAAUGGUGUUUUCUUGAACGAUUAUGUUUGAAGUAUAAAGAUUAUGCAAGCAUUUGUACUUCUAAAAACCUUAUAUUUUGCUGCUAUUUCUUUACAACUGUAUGGAGCCACCUUCCACCAUUAUUGGGUUUAUGUAGUAACUGACUGUUUGUUUUGUGUAGGUCCUGUACUACAUAAAAAUCUUGUAUAUGACAGGGUCUGAAAUUUAUAUUUUUUCUCAGUAUCCAACUGGGAUACCCAGAUUCAAAGUUUAGUACCCUGAGAAUCCCACUUCUGGUAGUUCUGGAUACUCACAGGAUUUUUUAGCCUGGGAUACUGGUUACUGGUACCAUAAGUAUUAUACCCUGUCCCAUCCAAGUAAGUUUCCAUAGCCUCAACAGUCAACAACUAAACAAUUCAUUACUGUAAUACCCUAAAAUCCACAUAAUCCUUCAACAAAUUUCUAUAUGCUGGUGAGCUAGUCCUCGAUGAGGAAACACUGGUGGUAAACUGAUAGUAUUCAAAAGUUAUCAGGAGCCCAUCAAAUUUUCUUAUUAUUAAUAUUUUAAGUGUUCAUAGUAUCCAGUCUGGAUACCAGUCAUUUACAGUAUCCAAAACUAAAUUUUUGGUAUCCCGUGGAUAUCAGAAUACUGUAAAUUUCAGAUCCUGUCUGAAAUUUAUCAUUAGGUGCUGUAAAUCUCCAGUCCAUCAUAUUCAUGUGUCACAUUUGGUGUAUACCAGUGUAUUAUGUUUAGAAACUUAUAUACUCACUUGUUCCUUCCUGAGUGUAACAAUAUCUGAUUCCUUCGCUUCACUAAUUGUACGGUACUUUAAUUGAAUAAUUCGUUGUAUGUAUUUUCUUUAGAGUAAAGUUAAUAUCGCAAGCAUUGGGGUACGACAGAUUCAGAAACGCAUCAGGGCAUCUGGAUUUUCAAGAACUGUUGAUGUUCAGGUACAGCACUCAAUUAUUAGUUUAGCCCUUUAAGUGGUAGUACACGCAUGUGCGACCCACUUUAUUAUUUUAGUCUGUCUAAUGCCAACACCGCGGAAAAACGUCUGCACAUGUGUCAACCUUACCUGUAAUCCAGGUGAUCUCGUGUUCGUAUUUUAGCCAAUCAGCGUUCAGAAAGGGUUGUCCGAAUAGAAAUCCAUUUUGAUGUAUUCAGUCAAUUAUAUCUUUCGUUAUUGUUUGUGAAACUAGUUGAAAUUUUGCAAUUAUUUUUGGUUAUGAGAACUAUAGCUCUGACAAAAAUAUGGAAUGGAAAUAAAGUAUAUUACAGGAGAUAUUCAGUUGUUUUAAUCAUAAAAUGGAUUUGUAUUUGACAACUAGUGCCAGUACUUUUCCGCAUAUCAAGAUCAUCUGGAUAGUAUUGUCAAAGAUUAAGUAUAUAAAGAUGGCCGACUCGCGGAAAAUUCCUUUGUUCUCGGUCUCCCCCGUUUCGAAAGCCCACGCGGUUUCCACGCGGUUUCCACGCGGUUUCCACGCGUUUCGUCUGGUAAGCGGCGAACAAAAUUUUUGUAUUGAAUUGUAUGGCGAAAUGCCGAAUUUUCGCAAUAAAACAGCGAUUUUAAAAACAUCUACUGUCCGAUCUUUAUUUUGAGGACAAAAUUUGAAAGAACAUGUCAAGCUGCGUUUGUUAAACGGAAAAUUAUUACACGAAUAUGUUUAAAACGAACGAAAAUUUGGAUAAACGACCUCCAAAGGAGUGAGAUCUUAUACUGUCAACAAGUCAGGUGAGAUUCUUUUCAUUUCUUGAUCAUUUUUCGAUAGUGUUUUGUGAAAUUUCGUACCUUAGACAACAGAUGCAUAUAGGACUAUUGCUAACUGACACUAAAAAUAUGUUUGGGAUGCGUACAACCAGAAGAGUUUUUAUUUACUGUACAGAUUACAAACAAUAUACUAUAUAAAAUACAAACAAUAUUCAAAUAUAUAGAAAUAUUAUUUUGUUAGGCCAGUACCAAAAUGUAGUAAAAGCAAAGAUAGUAAAAGCAUUUAGACCUGAAAUAUAUCUUUGAGACCAAACACUAUACUGUUAACUGAAAUUUUGGGGAUUUGAAUUUAUUGAAUUGAGUCGGGUGCCAAUAUAAACACAUUCCUAUGCUUAAAUAAAUAACAAUAUCAGUUGUCCAGGUAGUGUACUUAACCAAUGACUAAUUGCAUUUAUAGUCAGUAAGCAUUAUUUUGUAUAUAGACAUUUGUUUGACCAUUGAUGGUCCCUCCUUAUAAUAAAUACAACCACACACUGGUUGUCUCUGUGUGUGCAGCCGUCUUUCAUCCAAUUGUAUUUCUGUAAAAUACACCCAAUAAAUAAUCAAAUUAUUCUCUUUUUAGUUGAAUGAUAGACUUUCCAUGUUAAAAGAACUACAAAUCUGCUCUUUGACUAUCUGGGUAAAAGGCAAUGACAAUGGAUUGUUGAUCAACAAUGUUUUGUGGAAUGCUUAGCUAUCCAAUUUGAAAAAUACUGUCAAAUAUUCUAUACAUUUUGAUGUUCUGAGUUUGAUUAUUUUAUUGUAUAUUCCACAUUGACUUAACCCUUAUUAGGGUAUACAAAACUUAUAGUAUUGUUAAAUGUAAACAUACAUGUGCACCUCUUCAAACAUAAUGUGAGUUGUGUUAGAUACUGCUUUCUCUGAUUGCACUCAAGCUGCCAAGAAAUAGCAAUUAUUUUUGUUACCGAAGAAAAUGGUAUCAAAGCAUAUCCCUCAUUAUAUUAAAAUGCUACUGGAUAACUGAUCCCAUAACAGUAAUUAAAUAUUAUUGUAAUUAUUAAACAUUUUGUUUGUAUAUGUGAGUUAAUCGCUUGUUCGGACUAUUGCACAUGGUGAGUUAUUGCUUAUUUGGACUAUUGCACUCAGUAAAAUUAGCUUUGAAACAGUGCCUAAUACACUUGUCAUCGGAAACAUGCACCCCUCCACCCCAGGGGAAACAUGGGCAUAAAUAGACUUUUUUAGAAACUAAUGAAAGAAAAAGCCCCACACAUAGGGGCAUUUAGUAAAAGUUUCAAACAUGGAAUAUUUAAAGUAGAAUGAUGAAUAACUUUAAACAUAGAACACUAACAUGGCUUCGUGUGCAAAAAACAUCAGUCGUCCAUACGACAAUAGGCUACCCAUAGGAGUAUGGGUAGCCCACAUGUAAUCAUGCCUAAUCUUGUCCUCAAACUACACCUCCCACCCACCCAUGUUUCCCCGGGGUGGGUGUGUGGGUGGUGGUGGUGGUGGGUCCGAUGACAAGUGCAUAAUACAUAUAGCAGAUUUAUGACAGACAAGGUGCUUGCUACAAAGACAAUUUCUUGAGUUUCAAGAGUCCAAAUAAGUAAUAACACAACAUGCACAUUCAAAGUUAAAGGUUUUGAAAGGAAAUUAAAUUACUGGCAUGUAUUUCAUCAUAUUUUGUGUCUUUUGUGAAUAUUCGUUUAAUGGUUUGGUUUAAAAACAUAGUAAAAUUUGUGUACAGUAGUGAAUGAUCAAUACUAAAAUACACAAAUUUAGUUUUUCAAAGGCAAAAACGUAAUUCAUUCCAAUUUAUCUCGUUUUAUACAUAUAUUCCUAAUAUUUUUGAUAAUUUCAAUGUAUAUAUUAGUUUUUAAAACAUUUUACAUUAUAAUGAUUUUGACCUUGAUUUUCACAAUUGUCAAAUAUAAACUUUUUUUGCACAAUUUUUUUUCUUAUCAAAAGUAUAAAUUAUCCAAAUUAAAAAAUAUCCAAGACAUCCAAGCAACGCAUACAAAUAGCACUUGACAUUAUAAUAACCUAAAAUCAUCAAGACAUUAGAAAUACUUUAAAAUUACUGCACGAUUCAGUUUCAGACUGUGGAGUAAAAUAGAACUAUCAAACUCUGCAGUAAAUUGUCUUUGGAUAUCUAUAAAAACUCUAGUCAUACGCAUCCCAAACAUGUUUUUAGUGUCAGUUAGCAAUAGUCCAAAAUGCAUCUGUUGUCUAAGGUACGAAAUUUCACAAAACACUAUCGAAAAACGAUCAAGAAAUGAAAAGAAUCUCACCUGACUUGUUGACAGUAUAAGAUCUCACUCCUUCGGAGGUCAUUUAUCCAAAUUUUCGUUCAUUUUAAACAUAUUUGUGUAAUAAUCUACUGUUCAACAGACGCAGCUUGACAUAUUCUUUCAAAUUUUGCCCUCAAAAUAAAGAUCCGACGGCAGAUGUUUUUAAAAUCGCUGUUUUAUUGCGAAAAUUCGACAUUUCUCCAUUAACUUCAAUACAAAAAUUUAGUUUGGCGCUUACCAGACUCUCACGCAUGCGCAGUGAAAAAGUGGGGACAGGAUUUUCCGCGAGUCGGCCAUGUUUAUAUACUUAUGCUGGGAUUACACUAUACCGGAUUGAUUUUCAUACCGGAUCAAUUUCCACACCGAUGCCAAAAUCAAGGGUGUUUACACUAUUGCCGUUGCGACUUGUUGCCACCCAUAUUCACUCGUAAAGCUCCGUAAAGCUUUGCCGUUGUCUUGGAAACAAUAGCAAUUUCCCGCCAUAAUUGGGGAAAGAACAACGUUUUACAUGAAAGAUGUCUGCCAUCACCGUGUCAAAGAAAAAAGCAGAGUCCUUUUUAUGGACUGACGCCGAAAUUGAACUGCUGCUUGCAUCAGUUAAAGUAUUAGCUUCUAACUGUCUUUUCAACGGCACGGACUGGGAAGGCGUGAAGUCGAAAUACGAAAAGAUUAGAGAAAUUUUUGUUGAACGCUACCCAAAAACUAAUGAUAGCGAAAUCAAAGAGAAACCAAAUUCAGACUAUCCCAAGUCUAAAUCCCUUGAGAAUAUAACAAAAGAACGAAUUGCGGCAAAGCUGAAGACAAUUCGGGGUAAUUUUAAGAAAGCAAUCGACAGCGGGAAACGGAGCGGGGGCAGUAGAGUUGUGAUGACAUAUUAUGAUUUAUGCCACGACAUAUGGGCAGGGGCCCCUUCGACAAAAAGUAUCGAAGGUACGUACAGUUAAUUAAAUUUACGACAUUUUUUCUGCUUUUUAUCACAGACUAUUCAAUGUUCCUUUUUAUCGCAGACUAUUCGAUAAUAUUUAUGAUUAAUUCUAUAAUAAAUAAGGUACAUUGUAUAAAUUAAUAAUAAUUUGGGCUUUAAUUAAUAAGAGUAUUAAAUAUGUGUAUACAAAGAGGGGUUUAUAAAUAGUUUAAUAUAAGUUGGCCAGGUGACAACCUGUUCACAGUGCUAUGGAAAGCAAGAGUUUUAUAAAUUGUAAUUUUAAUAUACAACCUUGCUUUAUAAUUCAAUAGUACUGUGAACAAGCAGUCACCCAGCCAAACCUUUACGAAUAUGUGUAUUAUUGUAUAAGGUAUAGUUACAGAUCAACCAAAUAUUUGGCAAUGCACCCAAUUCAGUAUUUACUCUGUCUAUUAAACACCAUACAAUUCUACAUGUCAAUGGUAGAGGACUCACAGACUGUCUUUAAAUGGGUUAAACAUUUAUGUUAAUUAAUUCAGGUGGAAUUGAUUCAAGUUCAGCCCAAGAAAAGAACGACAAAUCCAGUGAAAAAGACAAGUCAGAGUUACCUUUGUACAACAACAGUGAUGAGAUGGAAGCGCUGUUUGGCAUAUCAGCGGAAGAAGAGGACACACAUGGAACACCCAAAUCCCAAAAUCCAACUAACAGAAGGGAAAAGGUUGCUAAAUAUCUUAGUAAUGAGAAAGAGAAAAGGAUGAGCUCAAAGAUCUCGGUUGACAAACAGCAUCUUCAUCUUGCCAGGGAAGAUCUAGCCCUAAAGAGGAAAAUGAUGGAGAAGUCUGACAAUGUGGACCAGCAAUUUAUAAGUAACACAAGUAAAAUGACAAAGACGAUGGAAAAUGUGGGAAAUGCAAUCACCUGUUGCUUCGACUUAAUGAAGAAAAUGUAUGAAACCCCACAGGCAAAUGUGCCACCAGCUGUACAUGGUAAUUUUUCCCACCCUUCAAUGCCUGUUUAUCCAGACAGGCAUGGUUUUCAUCAAUACUUUCCAUCCAAUUGCUUUAACACAUCGAACAAUAUUAAGCCAUCAGCUAGUAGUUCAGAUAAGGAUGAUUAG